UUACCCUCAGAAGACAGACGAUGAUCGCAUACUCUGCAACUGGGAGAAAAUAGGAGUGGCGACGAGGCUUUCGCUUGUAGGAGGGAACAGUGUAUUAAAGACGGGACUUCCUGCCUGCUAGCUCACAAGAGUUCCUGUAGCUGAGAGUGGAGAGAAAGCGGGAUGGCAGAAAAUAGCUAUGACUGCAGCAGCUCCGGUUGCCGGAGGUGUUCCGUCCUCUCUCCCGGAGAACUGACACAGACCCCCGGCGCCGGAGCCUCCAAGUGGGUCCGGUUGAACGUGGGGGGCACGUAUUUCUUGACGACACGGCAGACACUCUGCCGAGACCCGAAGUCAUUCCUCUAUCGACUAUGUCAGGCCGACCCCGACCUCGACUCCGAUAAGGAUGAAACAGGUGCUUAUCUUAUAGACAGAGACCCCACGUAUUUUGGUCCAGUGCUAAAUUACUUGAGACAUGGAAAGCUGGUCUUCAACAAGGACUUGGCUGAAGAAGGAGUGUUGGAGGAGGCAGAAUUCUACAAUAUCACGUCACUAAUAAAACUAAUCAAAGACAAGAUCAGAGAAAGAGACUGCAAACCUUCACAGGUGCCCGUGAAACACGUUUACAGAGUUCUACAGUGCCAGGAAGAAGAACUAACGCAGAUGGUCUCGACCAUGUCUGACGGCUGGAAGUUUGAGCAGCUUGUCAGUGUAGGUUCCCCGAUUGGCUAUGGCCGGGACCACCAGUCAGAGUUUCUGCUGAUUGUGUCGAGGGAAGUGAAGGGGGAGGAGCCCAGUGUCCAGAACAGCAGCAGCGAGCUGGUCAGUAUUGGUUCUUCCUAUACCUACGGAAAUGAAGACCAAGCAGAGUUCCUGUGUGUGGUGUCGAAGGAGUUGCACAACACCGCCUACGGCACAAACAGCGAGCCCAGUGAAAAAGCCAAGAGUGAGGAUGAAGAGACGGAUUACGAUAUGAAUGACUCUGAUUAAAUUUGAACUGUAAUGCCAUGAUUCUGCAAGAAAGGGGAUCAAGAAUGUGAAGCCGCAGUAUUGAAGACUUUCCUUCGAUUUCCAUGCCUAGAAAGAAAGCCAACGCAUCACCACGACGAAGAGCCUUUAGCACAGAUGAAAACUAUUUGGCUGAACUUUAUUUAAUUUAAAUUUUGUAUAUAUACUCUACAGACAAAAAGGUUUCAAAUACUAAAUGUUUGUUUUAUAUGUAAUCUCUAUCUCUUGCAAACAAGUUGGUUUUUAAACCUUUUCUGCUGUAGUGUGUACAGGAGUUUCUAACAAACGGUAAAUAUUGAUGAGAGAUUAAUGACCUUAAAGGCUUGCAAGUUUGCUCGUCUGUACAAAGUGCAAUGCAGCAGGCUGAGCAGACUUGAUUAUGAAAGCUAAGCUGGCCAGUAGUGUAGGUAUUCCACCGUUUUGAAAUGUGUGUGUCAAGUUUGUUGACCCUGUACUGUUCAUUAGGGCUGUGAGGGAUGGAUAGCACCAUGCUUCCUUCACUCUGUUCCCAGUGUGCGAUUGGAGCAAACAAAGAUACCGCCCGCAUCUGGGAUUCAGGACCAGGCAUGAAAAAAAGCAGAAAGAUGGUCCUUUGUGUGGUGUCUGCUAUAUCUUUUAUUUAAAGUAUUGACAGCUAAUCCAACAGGAGUGGAAUAAGAGUAUAGGGUCCACUGAAUUUUUCUUCAUUUAUCAAAAAGGGAGUAGAAUAGAUUUAAAAUGAUGAUUUUUAUAUUUCUGUUAAGGACUAAGUCGCAAAUGGUCCAUUUAAAAAAAUAAAUAAAUAAAAUGAGUUUACUGAAAAGCAGAA